AUGUCCUCGGCUCCACGGACGAAGGUUCCUGAGCAGCCUUUCUCCCAUGUGCUGAUAUUAAAUGGUUAUGAAGAGGGGGAUCGGCAUCGGUCUGCAGUGUCCUCGAUUGCGAUCUCGACGGACACCGGUCGAGAUACGGGGAGCUCCGUCCCAGCCGGGGCAAGCCUUUGGUUGAUCUCUGUCCGAUCGGGCUUCAAUUCUGAUUGUGAUGUCAAGUCCGCUCACGCCGAGACAGAGUGGGACCGCCGUGGAUCCAGCCAUCCAGUCGCCACGCCGUUAAGCCACACUCGCAAUCGUUGCACUCAGCUACGAAAGAGCCAUCGUGAUUUUUGUCGUUCUUGA